AUGUCUGUAAUUUCUGAUUCGUCGUCGCAUAAACUUUUAUCGAGGCCUCCUGGUGCUGAUGACCUUGCUUGGCAGUCUGAGUUUGAUUCGUGCCUUUUGUCUGGAUGUUCCUCCUUCUCAUCUUAUCCUCGAUGUCGUUCCGUUCAGUGUGACCUGGGAGAAUCUGUUUCUUCUUUGGAUGUUAUUAAUUCCGUUGACGUUACUCGUGUUGAGUCCGAUCUUCGUUAUUAUUCAUUUUCUACUUCUGCGUCUGUGUGUACACAAACUGAGAGGUUGCCGUUGUCGGCUUGGUUGACUUUUGAUUCUUCCACUGGUUUCCUGUAUGAGCGAGAUUCUGCAGAAUUCUACGAUCUUGUCGAACAUGUCAAGAGCACGAUUAUCCGGUUUUCUGAUAGACAGCAGUUGGUCGAAUUUUUCAAUCGUAUGGAUUUUGGAUUUCUGAAUUACACUGAAUAUAAAUUGGCCCUAGAGGAGAAUUUCGUUCGGGAGGUUGCAAUAUCCAUUUUCCCACAGUGCCCUUCGGAAGCGGAAGUUGGUAUCCAGACCCAGGAAUGUUCGGUGAUUAGUGAACCUUUCACCUUUGAGCAACACUCUGAAAUUUCAACGGAUCUGUAUGUGGAUUCAUCCUACUCACGGCGUAUGCAACUAGGACAGCUGGUAGAAGCUUCAACCAUGUCCUCGCCAUAUCUUACGAUAACCGCUGUUCAAACGAAGGACGUUUAUAAUCGCGGCAUAUCAGACGAUCUGAUAACGGUCAAACCUGCCACGUCCGCUGUUUUUAGUACUCCGCCAUCGGAAGGGAAAGAAAGUGUUGUUAGAGUGACCCUGGAGAGUGUGAAGCAUACAGAGGCAGAGGUUGUGGAAGAAACGCAUUUGCUCGAGAGGCCUCUCUAUGUAGCCGAUCGCAUUCAGUACAUUCAUGUGAGUCGGGCUGUGCAGACUGAAGAACCGGAUACGGAAUUCCUAGACGGAAGACAGAGAGUUCCCAGGCCUGCAGAUAGUCAACCACGCAUGGACUGCUUGCACGAUCUUGAUGUAACAACAUACUUCUUUGACGAGGAUAUCCACACGGAGGAGUACCUCAAGCGCACUCAGGAUUCCUCAUCAGCUGUCUCCCUCCUGCAGCAUUCAACCGACUACAUUGAAGUAGACCUCCGACAGCGCGUCACAGAGUACGAAUUGUGCGACAUGAUCUCCCCGAUUGAUGCUCUUUGCUGGAACGACAUUCGCGAGGUGGCCAGUCCAAUAACCGGACUCUUCGCACCCGUCAACGUCGCUGUCCGUCGAGGGUGGUUGCGUAUGGGCCAGACAAAUGAGUACAUUGAUCCCACUACGGGUCACAGCAUCCCCCUGGAAACCGCUCUGGCUCAGGGCCGGAUUCGUUUUGGCUCCACCACCACAAGCAGCAACAACUACCCAAUGGACUACGCCCUGAUGUUCAUUGAAAGAGAAUCCUGCGAAAUACGACGAGUACGAGCAACAUCCGUACUGAACACCUACACUCUGGAGUACCUGCCUGUAAGUCAGGCGCGGGCGGACAAUCUCCUAUCAGAGGAAAACGGCGUCUGUCGCGUGUACGAUGUUAAGAAUUCCCGAUGGAUGACAGCUGAAGAGGCAGUCGGCAAUCGUGUACUCCUCUUCGAGGAGGUUGAAGGCGAGCAGAAUUGCGGGAAACGCGGCGAAAGUGCACAGACUGGUUUAAGAGUUUACAAGGUCGAAGCCAUCCAACCGGGCGGCGAGCCGGCAGACUGGCUCACACCAGAUGAAGCGACUAAACGGCAGCUCUUCAAUCCCAGCACCGGUGAGGUGGCCAUUGACUGGCCAGCCCGACCAGAGUAUGGUUCCACAGAAGACACAGACGGUCUCGACAGGAGGUACAUUGCAACACAGUGGUGUACUUUUCUUACCGCGCGUCAGGCAGGUUGGCUGCGCUUGAGUCCAGAGCCGAACGGCCAUCUGUGGAUCCCGCUAAGCGAACCAGGACUCACGACGCCCGGACGCCGUCUCCUCUCCAAAAAGGUUAAGUGGAUCUCUAAU